AUGGCACUUCUAAAUUAUCAUAAAUACUUUCCAUUGGUUCAUAAGAAAAAUGUGGGUCUCGUGGUUGGUUCGGUUGUUGGAAGCCUGUCUUUCAUCUGCAUUUUGGCUUUUGGAAUCUUGUUUGGUUUGAAACACAUAAGAAGGUUGACUGUGAUUCGUGGGGUGAACAUAUCAUUUGCUGAAGUUCAGCUUGCAACAAACAACUUUGACAAUGAAAAACUGCUUGGUGAAGUUGGCUUUGAGAAUGUUUACAGAGGAACUCUCCUCGACGGAAGAAAAGUAGCUGUCAAGCGAGCUAAGAAAGGUUCAGGCCAAGACCUUCGAGAAUUCCAUACAGAGAUCAAGCCUACUGACACACCUAUUGAGAUGAAUCACAAAUUGUGUGAAGACAUGGACCAAGAGCCAACCAAUAAGGAACAGUACCAAAGCCUUGUUGGAAGGUUGAUAUACCUGGCACACACAAGACCAGAUAUUGCAUAUGUUGUGAGUGUAGUUAGUCAAUUUAUGCAUUCAUCCAGUGUUUCUCAUAGGAAUGCAGUUUAUUGGAUCUUAAGAUACUUAAAGUCAGCUCCUGGGAAAAGAUUAAUGUUCUUAAAAAAUGGAGAUCCUGAAGUUGUUGGAUAUACAUAUGCUAAUUGGGCUGGUUCCAUUACAGAUAGACGCUCUACUUCUAGUUACUUUACAUUCGUGGAAGGUAACCUAGUCACUUGA